AUGCGCUACCCCGAGUGGCUCGAAAUAAGAACACCAAAAUUAAAUGAUUCAUUAAAUUCGGAAGAUGCAGAAGAAGACAUAGAUCAUCUGCUACCUCAUCACAACAAGAGAAAUGAUAAUGGGAUUGACUUUAACUCUCAACAAAAACCAUAUGGGCUUCUUUUCACAAGAGUUGUCGUCAACCUUCUCGUGGUGCUUAUCGCAUUAGCGGUCAUGAUAAUCUUCCUUCUUUUUCAGAUUUACAUGCAAGAUUCAAAGUGUUACGGUAAAUUUGAAAAUGGCUUCGACACUGAUCUUGUCGCUGCCAAAAGUCAGAUAGAAUUACAGCAAGUGUUGUUCACUGGUGGGAUUCACUUUCACCCCAAUGGAAGUGUAUAUAUAAAGGACACACCGGGGCCGAAGUAUGUGGGUACCCCAUCGCCAGAGAUUGACAAGGCAUGGGAUGACUUGCUAUAUGGCCAAAUUGUGAAUCUACCGGAAUCCGAUGUGCCCGAUGUCAAAGAUAGGACAUUCUUCCGCACUGAGUACCAGGCCUAUGAAACCGGGUUGGAUUCUGUUCAUCAACUGCACUGCAUAAACCAAGUACGGAAGGCCUUUUCACCAGAAUAUUACCCUACCUUAGACUUGAGUCCGCACGGGACAAAGAUUCACAUAGACCACUGUUUGGAUUAUCUUCGACAGAGCAUUCAGUGUAGUGCAGACAUGACACCUGUUAUCUUGUACUAUGAGCCCGCGAUCAAUAUGUCUCUCCUGCGGAUGCAAGCCCUCGAGACGAUGGACAUGGAAGUCACCAUGGCCAUGCAGGUCAUAUCUAAGAAUGUGAUGGGGCUUUCGAUUCCUGUCAUUGGGUUGUAA